GGUAUUAGUAAUCUUGCCGCAGUAACGGAUAUUAUCGAUAUGUUUUACGAGACAGUAAACUAAGAUGCAGUUGGUAAUUGCGGAAAGUAAUGUUGUAUUGUGCUUGAUCGUUUUCAGUUACCAUGUAUUGCGAGCCGCCGGUCAAUUUGAUACUUCGACGGAUUUAGACAGAUGCUGCAGCAGGGAACCGAACACCACGCACUCCGAUUCGACAUGUAGACCAACCCGAUUAUCAGCUACGCAGUUCCAGCAAUCAAUUGUAACUCCUAAUUAUCCCAAGGCUUUUCCUGCUGAUCUAUUUUGCAGUUGGGAAAUACGGACAAUGCCGGGCAGGCGUAUUUUAUUGGAUUUUCGUAAUAUGCACCUUAUUGGACAUAUUGGAGACGAUUGUGUAUCACAGCGACUUAUUAUACGGUCUCCACUGACAGGACUUUCAGUUGGCCCUUUCUGUGGAUAUGAUGGACUUCCGAAUAUUGUGUCAGCAGGAAAUCUUUUAAUUGUUGAGUUGCAGUCCCCACAUCCUACAAAUGGGAAGGAAUAUAAAGGAUUCCAGAUGGUUUACACGGAAACGGUACAAGCAACAUCUCCUGGUUUAAGACCACCAGAAUGGAGUAACGGAAUGUUUUUGGAAUACUCGCCUACCGUCAGAACAAAACCGUCCAGAUACAAACCAACACAGAAGAUAAAUAGCAAUAAUGCAGAAAAAUUACCAACCACGAAAAAGCCACCUUCCAAGCCAAAAGAGCCUAAAAAUAAGACGCCAAAAGAGAAAGACCGGGUGAUGUCAAACUCAAACGGACCUUGGAACUACCCUCCUGCUGUACGUCCUUACAUACCUCCGAGGGUGCCGACACGAAUUCGUCCAGAAGACAAAGAAGAUUCAAUGGGAACAGAGGCGAUCGUAGGAAUCAUCGUUGGCGGGAUCGUAGCUAUUGCAAUUAUAUCUGUUGUUGUUGCUAAAUUAAGCUAUUAUAGAUCAAAUAAAGAGAAAAAGCGGGCAGAACAAGAAGCAGAAGAUGCUCGUAACAUGCAAGGAUUUCAGUCAUAUACUCAAAAAGCAAUCCCGAUCGUUCACGAGCCAUCCCCUGCAUACACUGCGCCACCCACACAUACCCGUCAUAAACAUACGGGAGUAACCAACACAAAUGAAAAAGUAGCUGCUCAUCGCGAUGGGCACAGACGAAAUAGAUUGCCAGAUAAAAGACAGUCAAACAAGUUAACGAAAGGAAAUUGUUCUAACAACAGACAACAUACAUCAUCUGAGCACAAAAGCAGCAAGGAUAAACGAAAAAGAAAUUCUGAAUCCCGAAAGCGCACGGAUGAUAAUCGAGAUCGUCGACCAAGGUCACGUGAAGCAAGGAAAGAGACCUCAAACGUUAAUAGGCAUAGAAACCCAGGUCAUAAAAAUCGAAAGUCGUCGAAAGACAGUAGGCCAAAAAGGAGAUGAAUUUGCACUUAGAGCAUUUUUUAGGCCGUUUAGGAUCGACAAUGGCUAUAUACACUAUAGAAGGGAUUGGUAUAGGAAGAUUGAAUGUGCUACCCAACGUAUUGCCUCUACUGCGCUUUUAUUAUAUGUUCAAUGCUUUAAAUAUGCUUUUCUUGUGUUUUUUUGUUUGUCGUGCCGUAAUAUACGUAUAAGAAAGAAAAUUUAGGUUUGAUAUGCUAUUCAACAUAAGUGUUUAUAUAAACAAAAGUAAAGGAAACAGAUAUGAUUUCGGCCUUGUUUCGCCAUAUUUUGUCCAUAUCUUCAGGAUUCUUAAUAUUCAAUUUUAUUAUCUAAUAAUGAAUAUGAAAUACAGUCAUUUUCUUGCUUGCUGCUAUGUUUCUUUAGCAUGCAUGUGAAGAUAAAAGUAACAGCUUAUGAUUGGUUCAAGCUUGGUUUGACUAUAAAUUCGUUCCUUGUUAAUAAAUCAUUCUGUCAUUUAAAGUGUUCCAGGCGACAACAAUAUUCAGAUAUAUAGUUCUAUAUCUUAAUUUUUAAUUAAUAAAAGGUCAUACUGUUG